CAUCAAUUGUCAACGUGUUGUCUACGGGAAAAGCUUUUGAUCGCAAGACAAAUAGGGUUAGUGUGUGUUUUUCGCUUUAUUUAAAUCGCGUGAUGUUGAUUAAUUGCCGUGACUUUGUGUAAAUGCAUGGUAUGUAAACAUUAACACUUUUGUCUUUCGUUCCGGUGUUCAAUUCUAAAUUCUAAGUAAGAAUAUAAGAGGAUCGUUUCUGUAUACAUACGGUAGUCAAGGACAAUCUUCGGGAAGAAUUGUGGAACUAUACGGCGUGUGAAUUAACAACAUUUCUGGGGAAAUUUUACUCUGAAUUAGCGAAGUGAGAAUGGUAUAGACGUGUUACAGAGCCAUAACAUACAAGGUAAGGAACGCUGGAAAGGUAUAUUAUGGUGGCGAUUAUUUGUAUGGUGUAUUUAAAUGUGUUGUAAUACUGUGGUAAUAUGAGAUUAGGACCGCAUAGUAAACAUGGUAAAUGUAUAGCUGACUUAGAACGACUGUACAAUGAUAGGUAUAGUCUUCUAUAUAACUAUGUUUCACAGUCCUUUAUGGCAUUUUAGUAUAAACUAAUACAAUGGAUACUAUACACAAUAUUAUCAAGCUGUGAGCAGUUGGUUCGUCUAGACAAAACAUUUAGCCAGAGGUACAAUAAUAUAAUCUGUUUUAAUAGCUGCCCAUCUUGCAAACCAAACACGUAGUCUUAUUUUGAUUACUCAAACUCGUCAGUUACAGCACCAGCGUUUAAACAGGGUUACGAUAGCUCAGACGCUAAUUCAACAAACACCUAUGGGAUCUUGCAACGGUGUCCGCCUAAACAUGCGGUCCUGCGAUUCAAUGCAGCGCUCUAACCAACUGAGCUACAGAGGCCAGUAAUUGUCGAGCUACUAUUCAAAUUAGCCUGCUCGCAGCUCGAAAUUUCGUUCAAAGGAAAAACAGAUAGAUUUAAAAAACAUGACGCCGACGUCCAAGACGACGUGAAGAUGAUACAUGCACCUCGCAUUCACUUCCGGUGUCCCACGAAAUAUUUCCUAGGAUACUGGACCCCUCUUCGGAAAUUUGGUCCCCCUUUUUAGGAUUGAGCAAAUAUAAGUGAACUCAUGAAAGUGAAUCUCUUAUAAACAUAUCUUUGACAAAUAUAUGUGAAAUUUCAGUAUUAGGAAGAAUGGAAGAUAAUGUGGCAUAACUGGCAUUUUAAACCCCACUGGCAAGAAAAAGAAAUGCGCCAUGACGGUUGCCAUCCCGAUCUCACAAGAUAAAGCUUUUGGAUUGGUUGGCAGAAAUCUUGACCAAUCAGGGAGCUUUAUUUUGUGACGUCGGGACGGCAGCUGUACUCCCGCACAGUUUGAAAAAUGGACUAAAUUGAGUAAAAUAUUUGAUGAAUUUUCGUACAAUUCACUCGUUUUAAUGUGGUGAAAGAACAAAAAAAUACAAUGUAGGAGUGUUGAAGUAAUUAUGUCUGAUCAAUUUUUUAAUGCAUUUUGAUGUUUAUGUGUACGAGUUUUUCGUCAUUUAGAUUUUUGUUGAUUUUUUAUGGCGACGAAAGUAUUUGUCGAAAAUCAACACGUCCACAAUUUAGCGUAAUACAAAAAAAACCUUGUCAAUAAAAAAAUAUUUACCUAGAAUCAUUAAACAAUACAUGGGGAACAAAAUACGAUAUUUAUGAUGCAUACUCUCAUAUUUUUUUCAAAAGAAGCCAAAAUCUGUGACGUUCUAGAGAGGACGCAAACCAGAAGCUGACGACUGUUGGCGCCAAAUGACGGCAUCCAAGUCGUCUUUGUCUUUGAGCUCGUGUCGUCUUUUCUAAAUCUGUCCAAUAGACAUUAAUGUUCAUUUUUCCGAGCAGUAUUUUAUUUCUCGUAGGAUAUUAAAAAUGACGUUUUUGGGAAUUUCUCGCGCUAAAGACACGAACGACGAGAUUGAUUCAUCAGACAACAGUGUUUGGCGUGAGGUGGAAAGUGACGCGGAUCACAAGGAAAUGACACGAACAUAUGGUUGUGAUGACUACCUCUCAAGAUGGCUGCCCAAUAUAAAACAAAGAGAUGAACCAGUACAAUUACGGUAGGUUUUUUGUUAGCUUCUUCAAUAUAUUUUUUGCUUCUUUAUAUAUUGUAUAUGAGGAGGGCCACAGGUUUUUUCAGUUAUAUUGCUGUCAUGUGUUUUUUACCCUCUUUAAAUAAAGUUGUUCAUUCAUUCAUUCAAUGGGCCAAAAAGGGUUGCUUCAAACCGGAAAAGAGUCCAUUGCCAGGAGAUUACAUUUAUCGACCUAACGAAGAUUGUGCAAGUGACUCAGCUGUGAAUUUUUUAUUAUUAGGCCGGAGAAAAGUGAAAAAAGGCCAGAUAAGGAACAUCCGAGUAGAUUAUUCAAAUCUCCUUGUCAUCAUCAUGAGGGAAAAACACUGAGGGAAAAUAAGGUAUGAAAUAUAAAUAAUGCCAUCCAGUCAUGAUUCAGUGAUCAGAAUGUUCCAUUGUCUUUUAAUUGUUUUGGAAAUCCCACUGUUCUCCAUGUCAUCCAGUCAUGAUUCAGUGAUCAAAAUGUCCCAUUGUCUUUUCAUUGUUUUGGAAAUCCCACUGUUCUCCAUGCCAUCCAGUCAUGAUCCAGUGAUCAGAAUAUUCCAUUGUCUUUUCAUUGUUUUGAAAACCCCACUGUUCUCCAUGUCAUCCAGUCAUGAUCCAGUGAUCAGAAUGUCCCAUUGUCUUUUCAUUGUUUUGGAAAUCCCACUGUUCUCCGUGCCAUCCAGUCACUUAUUGUUUUGACCUAUACGAGUGAGUUGAGAUCAGCUUUUCCCCCAAUAUUUAUAGCAAUUUUAGUAUUACUGAUAUUACGUCACCUAAAUAACUUAAUGUUUUAGAUUCAACAAGACCCUGCCAAAAAGACGUAUUUUGAAGCAAUCAAAUGUUCCCCGAUGAAACUUCGCCAAUCAAUAGCCGCUUUUAAACGUCCCAAACUGGAUGAAAACUUUACCUUAAAACCAAACAACAACAUAACACUCAACCCUAAACCCUCAAACACUCCUGGAGCGAAAGAACAAGCUAUCGCCUUGUCCACUUCCAUGGAAUCGAUGGAAGAUUCAAUUGAAACCACUUCCACAGCGGAAAAAACUUUGGGUAAACGUGUUGAAACUAAAACAACGAAGCCUAGUGUGGGUAUAGUAGAAAUGCAAAAUGAUGAAAUGGGCCUAUUAGGCAGCCUUUGUUUUCGUAAGAGUUUACCAGAAAAUGUCUAUGGUGAGAACAUGUACACACCUUGCAAUAUGGUAGGAGGGAAAUUGAGGAAGAUGUACAGAGGAACAGGGAGUGGUCUAUUUAGUGCCCGUCGUCAGAGUAAAGAGUUGUUGGUACGCUGUGAAAGUAUUAUGAUUUAUCCUAAAGUUUUAGUCAAUCAGAAAGAACAAACUGACAAGUUUACUACAAACAGCAAGCAACAGUCUGCGAAGUAUAAGGUGACUGCUAACCAACAACAACAGUCAGAUAAGGUUGUUGUCAACUUCCAAAAACAUUCAAAUGAGUUUGCUAGAAAACCUGACAAGCCUAAGGAAGCGUGGAAUGACAACACUACCCAACCACCACUAAAUUCAAAAGGUUCCGAGACUACCUACACACGACUGCCUCAACUUAACGCCAAAGAUCAAAGUACACCAAAAGGGCAUAACCAAAACGCUUUACCAGAAACACCACUGGAUGACCCAACACCAGUUGUCGAAGUGCAUACCAUUCAAAACUGUACGGGACAACCAUCUAUGGAAUCGCAAAUCACCAAAAAUUCAGCAUCGACUAAAAUCAUAAUACCUUUUGGGGAGAACGAGCUAAUUAAGCAAUCUGGUGUCAGGAGUCGGUCUAAGAGUGAAAAUGCAGGCGGUGAAAGGGCUACACCCAUGAAACCAAGAUGCCUUGUUAAUGAAACGUCGACAUUGCAGAAGAUACAAGAGGUUGUAACCCUCAAGACAGAAUUGCAAAAAGAGGAGGGGGUUGAAGGGUCUGUGAAAACGGCGGGGGGAACCGAUGUCGGGGAACGGGGUAAACCUAUGAAACUAAGGUUCCUUAAGGAGAGUUCUAAACUCAAUGAACAAUCGCAUGCGACACAAAGGCAUUCUGAUAUCACCGUUGGUGUAGGGCGGGCUGAAAUAGCGCGAAAGCUGCCAGUGGCGACUCAGUAUCUAACAGUGAACACCACCAACACUCUCAAAAGAUUCAGAAUUCCAACAGGGAUUGAAAACAGCGAACUCUUCAUAGGACGGGAAAAUUAUCCACCCAAGACUAAAACCGGACCAUAUAGGUUUGCGUAUAGUCAGAAAGGGUUGUCCGAGUAUGGUAAGAAUUUUGAUGGCGUCAAACAACAUAUUGGUAGGCAGAGUGUACCUUUAAAGAUUGGUGGCAAGGGUCUCCUGAAGGCAAGGCUUGCACGGAAUGAAGAGGUGUCGGGAAAGUUGGCUGAGGAUGAAAGCAAAAAGAGAGUACAGUUUUUGGUACACAACUCGCGGUAUUUUACAUGACAAUGAAAUUGGUGAAGGCAAUGGGUUUUCCGCAUGCGAUAUUUUUGUCACCCGAAAAUUGGUAUAACUAUUAUUGGCGGUCUUCUGCAUCAUAGCGCUCAUGUAAGGAAGCAAAAAAGUUUUAAAAGUCUUAUGUUUUGUCAUAUGUGUUGAAGAUUACCACAAAUUGACACAAACAUAGUUUUUAAUCCAGUACCCCCCGCCGUGUUGACCAAAACGUUGCGUGUUUAAUUAAGCUCGCUGUCUAGAAAUGACGUGACUCGCUAUGGAUAGCAUGUGGUAUUAAAACUCGUGAACACAGAAGUGACAGAACUGGAUUCUCAAUUUAACAUUAAUCAUGGAUAUAAAAAUAUCUAAAGGCUAAAGCAUAGAAUUAAUUAGCCAGAGCAGCGCGUCAAUAUAACGUUGGUCCAACACCGCAUAUUAUUCAUAUUAACAUUUUCUUAUGUUUUGUUAGAUACGGUAAAUACAAAUAAGGUUCUCUGAAAAAGCAUUUUAUAUAAUGACGAGAUACCGUGUUGCAUGAAUAACAAUAUCCGAUAUAAUACACAGUCCUAGUUGUACAAUAUAUCUGUAAAUAAGCUGGGGGGUAAUUUUUACCUGAAAAGAAUUUAUAUUAAAAUCUAGUUAUAAAUUUCAAUUAUAACCACGCAGCCUCGACAUUACUUUGGUGCAGUGAUAAACUCAGUAACGCGCGGUUAAGCCUUUUGCCAACCCCAUUU